AUGGCAUCUGUAGUAUCCGAUACCAUCAAGAAAGCCGAGAACGCAGUCAUGGGUGAAGCAAAUGCAAAGCAAGCUCAGCUUGCCGAGAACAUUGUCGAGCACAACACCAAGACUCAGAUGACGACCGACUAUGGCGUCAAGAUCGAGAACACGGACGACUGGCUGAGAGUCACCAACGACGAACAAACGGGCCCUAUGCUCUUGGAGGACCCUAUUGCGAGAGAGAAGAUUCACCGAUUCGACCAUGAGAGAAUCCCCGAGAGAGUCGUCCAUGCCAGAGGUGCCGGCGCCUUUGGUACUUUCCGCCUCUUCGAGAGCGCUUCAGAUGUCACCAACGCCGGUGUCUUGACCGAUACCUCGCGUGAGACUCCUGUAUUCCUUCGUUUCUCCACUGUCCUCGGUAGCCGUGGCAGUGCCGACACUGUCCGCGAUGUUCGAGGUUUCGCCAUCAAGUUCUACACCAAGGAGGGUAACUGGGAUAUGGUUGGAAAUAAUAUCCCCGUCUUCUUCAUCCAGGACGCCAUGAAGUUCCCCGACGUCAUUCAUGCUGGCAAGCCCGAGCCCCAACUCGAGUUCCCCCAGGCGCAGUCUGCCCACAACAACUUCUGGGAUUUCCAGUACCUGCACACUGAGGCUACUCACAUGUUCAUGUGGGCCAUGUCCGACCGUACCAUCCCUAGAUCCUACAGAAUGAUGCAGGGUUUCGGUGUCAACACCUACACCCUUACCAACGACCAGGGCGAGCGCCACUUUGUCAAGUUCCACUUCACUCCCGAGCUUGGUGUCCACUCUCUCGUGUGGGACGAGGCUCUCAAGCUGGCCGGACAGGACCCUGACUUCCACCGCAAGGAUCUCGCGGAGGCUAUCGAUGCCGGCGCCUUCCCCAAGUGGAAGUUUGGUAUUCAGGUUCUCCCCGAGUCCAGGGAGCAUGAGUUUGACUUUGACAUCCUUGACGCCACCAAGGUCUGGCCCGAAGAGCUUGUCCCUGUCCGUUACAUCGGAGAGCUUGAGCUCAACAGGAACCCCGACGAGUACUUCCCUCAGACCGAACAAGUUGCUUUUUGCACCAGCCAUGUCGUGCCCGGCAUCGGCUUUUCUGAUGACCCUCUUCUUCAGGGUCGUAACUUUUCUUACUUUGAUACCCAAAUUUCCCGUCUCGGCAUCAACUGGGAGGAAUUGCCCAUUAACAAGCCUGUCUGCCCUGUCAUGAACUUCAACCGCGACGGUGCCAUGCGCCACACCAUUAACAAGGGCAUUAACUACUGGCCCAACCGCUUCGAGGCUACUCCUCCCGCGAACCACUCCAAGGCCGCUGGUGCCUACGUCGAAUUCGCUCAAAAGGUCGAGGGCAUGAAGAAGCGAACCAAGAGCGCCAAGUUCAAGGAGCACUUCGCCCAGGCACAGCUCUUCUUCAACAGUUUGUCUCCUGUUGAGAAGGCUCACGUUAUCAGCGCCUUCUCUUUCGAGUUGGACCACUGCGAGGAUGAGAUCGUCUAUGAGCGCAUGUCUCAGCGUCUUGCCGAUAUUGACCUCGGCUUGGCCCAGACCGUCGCUGACCUUGUUGGUGGUAAGGCUCCCGAAAAGGCUGGCAAGCAGAACCACGGCAAGACUGCCAAGGGUCUCAGCCAGUUUGACUUCAUGCCCGAGACUCCGACCAUCAAGUCGCGUCGUGUCGCUAUCAUCAUUGCUGAUGGCUACGACUCUGCUGCCUACACCACCGUGAGAGCGGCUGUUGGUGCUGCCAUGGCUGUGCCUAUCAUCAUUGGAACUCGGAGGUCGGAGAUCUUCCCUGCAGGUGCGUCCAAGACGCCUGGCCAGGGUAUCAAGCCCGACCACCACCUCGAGGGCUUCAGAUCUACCAUGGUCGAUGCCAUCUUCAUCCCCGGCGGAGCCGACUCUAUCAAGACCUUGUCCAAGAACGGCCGUGCUCUGCACUGGGUCCGUGAGGCCUUUGGUCAUCUUAAGGCUAUUGCCGCUACUGGAGAGGCUGUCGACUUUGUCAACACUGCUAUCAACCUUCCCAGCGUCUCUGUGUCUAGCGACAGCAACGUUGAGGAGAGCUACGGUGUUGUGACGAUGAAGACUGUUCGCCCUGAGAGUUUGAAGGAGACUGUCGACAUUGUCAAGAACGGCACGGGAUUCCUGGAGAAGUUCUUCUACACCAUCUCGCAGCACCGUGUCUGGCAGCGUGAGUUGGAUGAGCUGAACACCCAGCUGGCUUACUAG